AUGUGCUGCUUUCCCUGCUGGCCUUUCGCAGACGUCUACCUCGAAGACGAUCCUAUGCAGCCCUACCGAUCCCACAGAAAGAGCAGCAUGUUCCAGUACGUGUGGAAUGGCCAGCAGUGGGUGCUGAAGCAAGCCGAUAACUCUCUUGUCCACGAGACCAUGUCCUCUUCCACUCUGUCUUCACCCUCGGCGAGGAAUUUCAAGCCUAGUGGCCGCCGUGUCUCCUUCAACGUGGGCAACGCAGCAAAUCUCUCGCUUUCCUCAAAAGGUCGCCGCCACAAUCAUCACUCAUUCUCCUGCCCCAGUCCCUUCCUACAGCCCAACCUAGACCGCCGAGCCAGGGUGGAGGACACCACCGACAUCGACGACGACAGUGACAGCAGCGAGCUAAGACGUCGUGCCGGUGUCAACACCAAAGCAAAGACGCGGCCCAAGAACGUCCACGGAGGCCCUCCUCUGGCGACCACUACUGCGACAGCUGCUGCCUUGGGUGGACCUGGUGGUGUUGCCAAUCCCUGCGUCAACGGUGUCGCUGGCCUGCACGCCGUCCACACUAACAUCAACCCGGCCCUUGGCGUCAAUCCGGUCUUCACGCACGUCAAUCCCGCCUUCCCGGGAUACGGCCAGAUGCCCUACGGGAUUCCAGGCCAGGCCAGCUUCAUGGCUACCGCAAACACAGGUCACUUCCCCUACACCGUCGCCACCACUCUGGCUGCCGGCACAGAUCCGUCCAGUACCGGGGUGACGUUUGUCCCUGCUGUUCCCGAUGCUACCAACGGGCCCAUGGUGCACACUUACAUUCCACGCAACGAUAUGCCCGUUGUCGGCCAAGGCCCAGGCGGCGUUGGGAUCGUCUAUGUGCAGGCACCGCACGCCGGAUAUACCACAGUCAGUUCACCCAACAGCAAUCCCUACUGCCUCUACAUCCAGCAGAUGCACAGCCAGCACAACUGGACAUCACAGCCGUCGCUGGCCCCUUCUCUCUCUUCUCCCCCCUUCGCUCAAGGAAUGCCCCUUCCCGCCUAUCCCUUUGCCGCUGGUGGGGUCGCCACUACGACCGCACCGAUGAUGCCCUACAUGGCCCAACAGCAGCCAGGAAUGGGUCAGCCCGCCUUCAUACAGCAGAUGCCCAUGGCCGGCGGGGGCUUCGGCGGAGGUCUCGGUGGCGGGCCUCCCACCUUCAUGAUGAUGCCUGGCGGGGCUUCAAUGCCAGGUAACUAUGGUGAGGGCAUGGGAAUUCACCCAGAAGCGGCCAUGGGCGUGGGACAGACGCCUAGCGAAGUCCUCCAGGAGCAGUUAGAGUUUGCAUAUGCCAACAACCUCAACGAGCCACAGGAUUUCAAGCCGGCCGAUGAUGACAAGUCCCGCUUCUACUGGGUUCGCGAACUCGACGGCAACUGGACGCAACGCAGCCGUGCCACGGUCGACCGCAUCGGCUGCCGGUGGUACGUCACGGAUACUGGCAUCUUCUACGCCGUGCGGCUGCCAAACUGA